CUUAAGUCAUCAAAACAAAGCAUUCAAAGCUCGGAUACGACGAUUUUCUCUCUUAAAUCUCAUCUCAUAUUCUCAUCUUCAGUUUCUCGCUUAAAAACUUCUUCCCCAUUUCCUCUUUUUCUCACAUUCAGUGAUUUGUGCUUCAAAUUUACAGAAAUGUCUUUGAUUUCAAGCCUCUUUGGGCGCAGGAAUAAUGCCGUGGACCCCUUUUCUCUAGACAUUUGGGACCCUUUCAACAACUUUCCUUCUCUCUCUACAGAGACCUCAGCCUUUGCCAACACACAAAUCGAUUGGAAGGAGACUGAUAAGGCCCAUGUUUUCAAGGCCGAUUUGCCGGGACUGAAGAAAGAGGAGGUGAAGGUGGAGGUUGAAGAAGGCCGGGUUCUAAAAAUCAGCGGAGAAAGAAAGAAAGAAUCGGAGGAGAAGAAUGAUAUGUGGCGCAGGAUAGAGAGAAGUCGGGGCAAAUUCCUGAGGCAAUUCAGGUUGCCGGAGAAUGCGAAGGUCGAUCAGGUGGCAGCUUCAAUGGAGGAUGGGGUUUUGACUGUGACUGUGCCUAAGGAGGAGGUGAAGAAGCCUGAGGUGAAGGCCAUUGAGAUUUCUGGCUGAGAACUCUGAAGGGUUCUUGUGAUUUUUAUUUUUAACGUUUUGGUGUUGAAAAAUUGUGUUGGGAAGUAAUUCGAUGUUGUACGUCCAUUUGCUUGUGAAGUGUGAAAAUAAUUUUCGAGUAUUUCGGUAUUUGGUAUUAAAAAGUUGUGUUGGGAAGUAAUUCAAUGUUGUAUGUCCAUUUAUGUUUUUUUGCAUGAACGGUGAAAAUAAUUCUCGGAGUAAAA